AUGGAUCACAUUGACCAACAUGUCAUUGUCAUGUGCGACCGCUGCGCUAUACCAUGUAGCCUAACAACCCGCAGCUUUAACCGCAACUAUUACUGGUGCCCUAGCUGCCACACGGAGGUCUCCCUUAUCAUAAUCGAGCCGCGGCCUUCCCAUGAAGCGCGAUACUCCUCAACUUUCUUACCUCACGCCAACAGUUCUUCGCGUGAGCAGCGUUACACACCCAGCGCCAACACCUACAACGGCAACACUCACAACGGCAGCCACUACGCCCUACCCCAGAGACCGCAAAGAUUACAUGAGCAUACUGCCAUGUAUCCCCACACCAACCCAAACCAGCAUCCGACUUACUCUGAUGCCAACCUUAACGGGGUGACCAGCGCCGCAACUUACGGCGCCACUCCCUUCCAUAACUACUAUGGAUCACUUGCCUCCGACGAUGAUGACUGGGUCAAUGGUGUCCAGAAUGACAUCUACGACCCUGCUCACGGCAUGUUUGCAAACCCAAGCCUACCGCAACGAGGCAGCAGCAACCCCAGCAGAUUCGGCGGAGACCAACUCUUACAACACCACCGGGACAUGAACCUGGCCCGCGUCUCCACCAACAGCGGCCUCGGAUAUGACCAUGCUCCUACGGACAUCUCCGAAGAGUACAACCCGCAGGAAAACCGCCUUUCUAGCUACAGCAGCAACAGCAGCGACCCCAGCAGCACAACCAGCACCAACCCCCACCCCCGCAUCAAUGGCAACGGCAACCAAGACAUCCCACCCGUUGCCUUCACAACACGGGGUGAGACGCUGCUUCUCGGCGAAGAGUUCAUAGUGCCCACCGCCGCAGAAGCCCAGCAAGAAGCGGGCGCCAACUCCGGCCCCGCACGCGUCUUCUCCGAGCACGACACGGCGGAGCAAGACGAAGACGGCGAGGGUGCUAUGGUGGAGAUCGAGGAGAACGUGGAGGAGAUCGAUCUUUCCAUGUCUGGUGCGUGCUAA